AUGGCAGAGGCCCUAGGGACAGCAGCAGCAAUAAUCCAACUAGCCGGCGUCGGCCUAACACUAGCCAAAGUCCUGUACAAAGUCAGCGACGAGAUAACCUCUUCCGCAAAACAAGUCAAAGAGCUAGCAUCAUACGUACACUCGACCUCAAUCGUACUAGAAGAAGUCGGCAAAGUCUUCGAAGAAGAAGGCACCGCCCCCCAACCCAUUAUAUCCCCCAACGCCAUCACCACGGCCAACGAAGUAAUCGCCCGAUGCCAGACAAUCUUCGAGAAACUGCAUCAAGUCGCCGAAGAUGCACGCACGAAUACCUUCGGCGCGAUAAUUCUGGUUUUGACGAGCUCGCGUCGCCUGAGACUGCAAACGGGGCUGGAGAGGUCGAAGUCUGAUCUGCAGCUUAUGAUGCAGAUUAUCAUCUAUGCGCGAUUGAAGCUUCAAGUUUGGUAA